AUGCCAUGGAAUAUCAGGGAGGACCUCUGGAACAUGGCACACCUGCCUGUGGGGUUAGCACACGGCACAUGGCAGAAACUGGAGAAGUACAUGAACCGCAGAAAGAGCCAAUUCGAUGAGAUGUCCUUGGAGAACUUGAGGUGCCCAAGGAUCAUAAACACCACCUUAUCAUUCUUUGACGACUACCGAAUUGUCAAUGGGGUGCCCGUCUUCGUUCUCAGUCCAUCCCAGGAGUCAGUUUUGAACCCUGACAGGCACAUGGACAUGGCGGGCCACAGCCUUGCAAGUCAUGCACUGGAAAGCUCACUUGGCAGCAGCUUCAGCCGUUCCUUGGAUGGGCCACACGACAGCACCGCAAGAGAUGCCCUGAAGAGGUCACCGAGCAGCAAUGAAUGUGCCGCCCUGGACAGAUCGCUGGACAGCAACGAGAGGGCCGCUCAGCACAGUUCACUCGGCAGCAGAGACAGUGCUGCCGUGGAUGGUUUGCCCGAUGGUAGUGAGCACCAACAAGACCCCGGGCCAUCGCCAGCUGGAAGCCCCACAUAUCUGCCCAUUAUGUGCUCCUUCUCCCCUGAUGGGUUGCGUUUUUUGACAGGGAGUGAGGAUGGUAAACUCCAGGUUUGGGACGCUGUGCAUGGCAAGGUGGUUGGUGUGCUGAAGGACGCCCUCCAGAAACAGGUGCUGCUGACCCAAUUCUUUGGGCGCUCCAAUAGCGAUGUAAUAGCGGUUGACAUGUCAGGCUCCAUGGUUCGAUGGAACCUGACGACGGGCCAAGUCAAUGUGACCGAGGCCCUCCGAGACAUAAGCCAAACAGAUGAGGUCACUUGUGCCAGUGGGGUUGGCUUGUGCAGCCCUGCACCCCCGGCCAACAGCAACUCGGAAAAGUUCGACUCCAGCUCGGUUGGGCGGUGCAAGCAGGCCACUCUACUUGCCCUCAAUCUCAGGACGCGCUCAGACUUCCGCAUUGGCAGGAAGAUGGGCCUGAAAUCGAACAAGUCCUCAUCCGCUCGCAGGCUGCAUGCGAUGAAAGCACAGGGUCUGCAUGCAGCCUACAUCGAUGUGUUUGCUCUGGAGGGGGCUCAGGGGGUGAAGAGAGAAGCAAGGCUCACAGUGGCAUGGCUACCCAGCACCCCUUACUCUGUGCGUUGUAGCCGGUUUUCAGCCGAUGGGGCUGGUUUGCUUGCCGUAUGCAGUUGCUCUGACGAAAACGUGAAUGGGCGCCUGGUGCUGUGGCCCGAAUGGCGCUCGCCCUGUGUCAGCUUCUCGCUGACGGGGUCCAUGGGCAGCUGGUCACAAGACAGCAGCCUUGUGGUCACGUGGGAGCCGGCGAUGAAGGUGUCCAGACGCGGCAAGGCGGAUGUGAGCGGGGCCUGUUUCGUCUGGGACGUGCAUGGCCUGAAGUCCCAGAUGCAGCUCAGGAAAAGAAGCUCCCUUGGCAGGCCAGAGACUGAAAUGGCAAAGGCGCAGCUCAAGGAGCUGUUCCCUGGACAGCCUGAGCUGCAUCCCAGGUAUCUGGCAAACAGCAGCAUUGUGGUGCGUGAUCGGGACGCCGGCCGUGUGCUGUGGGCGCACUUCGUGCACUCCUCCAAGGGGCACAGGGUGGCAAUGUGCGCGAUGGGGAGGGAUAUCAGCGUGUCUGUUUGUGAAGCGGAGACGGGGGUGCUCGUCCACACAAUGGGCACGGGAAUAGGCCGCUCUCCUGCACUGGCCAGGUGGGUGGACGCCUUUUCGACGGGGUCCAACUGCAUUGGGAUGUCCUCAGAGGGCUCCUGGCUGGCGCUGUAUGUGCCGGAAGCUAACAAGGGUUGCCUGUUCAACGUGGCGCAUGGCCUGGCCUUUCUUGAUAUAUGUCUGCCUGACGAUCUGGUGCUUCCUUAUUGCUACCUGCGUCUGUCGGAAGAAGGGAAGAGGAUGGCCAUGUGCGCAGUUGAGGGGUCGUUGCUUUGGGACACAAGAGUGCUGGUGGGUGCCUCAAAGGGCCGGCAUAUGAUUCACCACUCCCUGCCUGAGGUGUUGACUGAUGAGAGCCUACUGAAGUCGUUGGGCAGUGUCGGGGAUGGGGAGUCAAGGGCGGACAGUGGGCCCAUCACUGAGCUGGUGUUCUCACUGGAUGGGAACCGCCUUGGAGUGACCAGGCAUGAAUCUGCAGUUAUGCAUGUCAUGGACUUCGAGUCUGAAGUGCUGCAGCUGCUGAGGGCAGAAAAGAGCUCUGCAGGCCGGUUUGAGAAGUUCAGCUUUUCGCGCGAUGGCAACCGGGUGGUGGCUGCGAUGAAUGUUGGGGUUGUGCUCCUGUGGGAGUUGGACCGCGAGCCUGGGGAGCAUUACGAGAAGGCUCAGCUGGGCAUCCUGGGGAGCAGUCCUAUGCCAGGGGCAUUAGCCAUCGCGUUUUCCUUCAACGAGGAGGGCAGGGAAACAGUAGUGGCAUGCGAGAAGGGUGGCACCCUGGCAUGGAUCGACGAGGAGUCGUGUACUGCUGUUGACAGGAUAGAGGUCAUGGCAUCAGGAGAGUGCGCCGCGUGCCAAUUCACUGCGGACGGUCGCACAGCAACCCUCCUCUCCCAGGGCAACAGCAUAGUAGUGUUUGAUGUGGUGAGCCGCACAGAGCGGGCCCGCACCAGUUUCCCAUUCCCCCUUGCUGACCUGCUGCCCUUCCCUGGCAGCAUUGCCAGCGAUGGCCGCCUGGGGGUGGUGGGGUUUGAGGGGGCUGCCAGCAUGCCAGUGGUGGCUCGGCCGGGCGCAGACGUGGACACUUCCACCAUUGACGCUAUGCCCGAGCACAUGGUGGUCUCGGAAGAUGGUGGGUGGGUGUUGAGGGACGAGUUGGUCCCUCUGUCAGGAGGAGUUGCAGCAGAUGCAGUGUCACAAUUCAGCCUUGUGGAUGAAGAUGCGGCUGAAUCAUUGACCAUGGCCCCCCUCCAAGGCCAGGCAUAUUCCAAGGUGUUGGACAGCUACAAAAUACAGGGACUGGAGAGGCUGGCGGUGUCCGCAAGCGGCAACCGUGCAGCAUGCGGGGAGGGCAACCAGAUCAUGGUCUGGACACCCUUUGCCACUCGGGGGGCUGUGCCGGACUACUACACCCUGUGCCUCAGUGGCCAGUUGGAUGAUGCCAAGGCCUUUGAGGGGGUGCUGCAGCAGCACGGGGCAGCUGUGCUGAAUGUUAUUGAUGGGGAGGGCAUGUCCAUUCUGCUGCACGCGAUUGAGGAUGAGAAGGUGGCUGUGGUCAAGAUCCUGCUGGAUCACUCAUUGGAGAUGGGCACCAAGAUGCUGUUCUUCUCCAGCUUGGAGCUAGCAGAGGGCUUGUACCACUCGGGGCAGUGCAGGAGCGCCUUGCAGCUGGCUGUGGACCGUCGCUCGCCAGAGAUCGCCCAAAUGCUGAUCCAGGCGAUGUACAGUGGUGUGGUGACACCGCCAGUGAUGGCAGAAACUUUCAGGAAGGGCCUGGUCCCCCUUGGGACGGUUUACCCCACUGUGUUCCUCAGUGCCAUCACAGCUGAAGGGAUGCCCACAACAGUUGGCAACUUGACAGUCCCCGAGAGUGUCUUUGAAGACACGGGCUAUGUGGUCACGACAACAGACCAGUUCAUGCCUGGAAACCAAAUGAUCAAUCGCAUGUGGAACGAGAUGUAUUCCGAUGUUGGGCCCAGUGCAGACGAGGUGGAGGUGCCUGCCCUUGCGAGGGUCUUCCCAGUGCCCAAUGUUUGUGGUGUGGGAAUGAAGGGGCUCCUGCGGCCAUUGUUGCUGGCCAAGAAUAUCCCUGACGCAGCCUUCUCCUCCCAACUGGUGCACUGCAUCAUCACAUACAAAUGGCAAGCUUAUGCGUUGAAGAUGCUGCUCAACGAUUUGGUGAUCUAUUCUGUGUAUGUUGCCUUCUUCACAGCGUACAGUUUGGUCCUUGGCCAUGACAGGGAUACACCGGAGAAGCUGAGUGACAUCAUCUCCACAGAUGCGAUUGGCCUUGUGCAGGCAGGUCUCUUGCUGCCAUGCGCCAUUCUGGGUGGCUGGAAUCUGUCCUGGGAAAUCAACCAGAUACGCACCAACAUAGGCGACCACGGCAUGUCAGGGCUUACCUACUGGCUCAACUCGAAGUGGAACAUCUUGGACUUCGCCUCCUCAUUCGCAACCACAUUUGUCAUACCCAUCGUUCACUUCAAGGCAACAGAGAUCAGAGCCGGACCUGAGAUUGAAUCUGUUCUGGUGUCAGUCACGGCGAUCGUCCUCUACUGGAAACUUCUCUAUUAUCUGCAGAGCUUCAGGCAGACUGGCCCCCUGGUUGUGUCAAUUUUCGAGAUCAUCAGAGACAUUCUGUUCUUCCUAAUAUUGUUUCUGGCGAUCCAGUUUGGCUUUGGCGUGGCCUUCUUCGUCACAUUUCGUCACAACUUGGAUGACGAGGACGUGGUGGAGGCCUUUGGCACCUUCGACAGGUCGUUGUUGACCACGUUUGGCAUGAUGCUGGGGGACUUCAGCAUCGACCUGUUCUACAAGCCCAGGGCGAUUGUCUUUCCCCAGCUCCUCUUUGUCACAUACAUGAUGACAAUGAUGGUCCUGCUGCUGAAUCUGCUUAUCUCCCUGAUGGGAGACUCCUUUGACAGGGUGAAGGACAAUGAGGAGACAUUCUUUCUGAAGGCCAGGGCGUCAGUGAUCGACGAUUUGGAGAGCACCGCAACAGCCGAACAGAAGGCCGCACUGCAGGCGUCGACGUCCGAGUUCCUGCAUGUCGUUGUGCCCAGAAAUGCGCCCACCUUGGGGAAGGAGGGCCGACAACGGAAGUGGAUGGGCAAGGUCACCGAACUGGAGGGACGAUUUAAAGAUGCGGUGGGCCGGAGCAGGGAGACGGUCAUGGGCCAUCUUGCAGAGGAGCUGGCGGGUCUGAAGCGGGACUUGAAAAGGCGAACCGACGCCCUGGCGGCGCGGAUCGAUCGCGCCAUGGGAGACGGCUCCGGACCGUCGCAGCCGCCGUCAGAUGUUUGA